UCCAUCAUGUCAGUUGAUGCUGAGUAAGUUUUGAUGGCGUUUAUCAGAUGAAAUUUCCCUGAUGACAGAUGUUUGGAUUGACAACAUUUGGGAAACCUGAUAGCUGUAGAGUAAUCAACCUUCAUGUGUGAGGUUAUGCUUUGAAAUAAUCACAAACAAAUAUAAAUAGUACUUUUUCUUGGUACCGUAAACCACAAUGCGGGCUUUAUGCUAUUGAUCUCUCAUAUAUACGCUGUAUUUUGUCAUCUGGAUUACUAUAAAUGCAUUUGGAGUAAGUGUGUGAGUGCGUGUGUGGGAGAAAGAGACUAAACUACUUUGCUAUGGAAACAUUAAAACAAGAGAUAAGAACAUCCUGACAAGUGAAAUGGAGCGGUGGGUGUGAUUUUUGGUUUUCCGCUGAGUUUGACGGUCAGGUGAAGAGAAUAUAAGUUGAGAUGUGGUCAUUUUCACAUCACUCCAGUCAGAACAUCAUUCCUUGGCUCAGCCACCUAACCUAACUCCUAAAAUCAUGGAAUCUGCAAUUAACGUUCUCGUCUCCCAGUUCAAGAUUUACGCAGGGAAAGAUGGCUCUGCAAACACUCUGAGCAAAGAAGAGUUUCAGAGCUUGGUCACAUCCCAGCUACCAAACUUUGUAAAGAACCAUAAAACCAACUCUAAAUGGUUCUUAGUAAGAAGAGGCAUGUCUGCUGAAUCUCAGAAUGCUUCUGACCCAGCCACCAUUGAUCAGCUCAUGAACUCAUUGGAUGCGAAUAACGACGGAGAGCUGACGUUCCUGGAGUUCUGGCAGCUGAUUGGCAGCGUGGCGAACCAACAUGGCGGCUUUUAAAGUAUUAGUCAACUUGAAAAAACUCACUUUAAUUUUACCUUGUGACUUUCUUAUGUAAUUAUAACAUUGCAGAGUUAAUGAUUGGCCCAAGCAGGUGACGGCAAAUAAAAAGCGUUUUAUUCUCCA